GCGCGAGUUUACUUUCUUGCAUCUUUUUCUUUCAUAAAUGAAGUGAGUAAUGACACCGUGUAACAAUCUUGUUUGUUUGGUUUAAAUAACUAUUUCAAUGAAUUACAAACAGCAACAUAGUUAAACUUUAUAUUAAGGAAUUCAUUAUUUUAAUUACAGUGUGGUAGUGAAGUGAGUCGUUGCAUUUUAACGUUCAGUGUUUGAAAAACCAGGCGUUUCCAUGGGCGUUAACUUCAGGUAGCCCUAAAAGACUGAACAAUGACUCACAUAGGUUUAUACCUGACACUGAUAUUAACUCUACAUAUAUGCACGGGUCAGGACUAUGCCACGCCAACUUACAAUCCAGAUGUUCAGAACCCGACAAAUGAUUACUACAACAACCAGUACGACAAUCCGUAUGAUCCAAACCGGAGGUUACCGAAUCGUAAUCAGUACGACAUAAACCAAUUCGAACCGAACCGGAAUCAGUACGGACAGUACGACAGCCGUAAUGACCAGACGUACCAGAACCCUUACGGUGUGGAUAACACGCCGAAACCCAGCUGGGACUCUGGCAGGAGUUACAGCCCAUCGUUCAAGAGUUCGGAACUUGAACAUGACAGCGUCAUCAUAAAUGAAGCUACAUACUUCAUAGUGGCGUCCCGUAUGGUGCGGCCUGGUCAAAUAUACAAGAUCUCGGCUAACAUCCUGCGCGCGCGCCUACAGAUGACCAUCCGCGCAUCUAUCUCGCGUAAUGGCGUCGAAAUUGCUGACGUCAUCGAGAAGGUCAAGGAAGGAGUGCCCGAAACACUAAACAUGAGGGUGCCAGCCACAUCAGUGGGGGGUGACUACAAGCUGCGCGUGGAGGGGCUAUACCUAGAUGACCCGUUCGGCGGACGAGCCUUCAUCAACGAGACCCAGCUUUCUUUUUCGAAUAGAUUCAUGACCAUAUUCAUACAGAUGGACAAACCUGUCUACAAACAGGGACAAACUGUGAAAUUCCGUAUAAUACCAAUCAACACAGAACUGAAGGCUUUUGGUCGUGCCAUUGACGUUUACAUCUUAGAUCCCAGCGGUAGAAUUAUGAAGAGAUGGCUCUCAAGACAGAGUAACUUUGGUACGGUGAGCCUGCAGUACCAGAUGUCGGACCAGCCGCAGUACGGCGAGUGGGCGGUGCGUGUCGAGGCCCUCGGACAAAUGGAGAUCGCGCACUUCCUCGUCGAGGAGUACUACCAGACCAGAUACGAGGUGAACGUAACAAUGCCAGCGUUCUUCUUCAACACGGAGCCGUUCAUCCACGGUCGUAUAAUGGCCAACUACACGUCUGGUGCGCCAGUCCGCGGCAACCUCACGCUGAAGGCAACUGUGCGCCCCAUACCGCAGUACCGGCCGCGAUACUUUACACAGGGACAGUUCAACAACAGAGGACAGCCUGGCGCAUACGGCACAUAUCCCACCAAUCAGUAUACCAGAGUACGUCAAAACUUCAACCCGUAUUUGUACAACGAGACGUACCAGUACGAGUACACAGACGACAGACACGGCCCCGCGGACGUGCGCCACCUGCCCGGCCAGCCCAACCAGCUCGAUCAGCCUGACUGGUGGUACGAUCCGCAGAAGGUCUACACUAGGCUAUUUAACUUUGAUGAAAAGUUCCCGUUCUGGAUGCCGAAGCCGGACCCCGUGCAGCUGGCGGUGCAGGGCGCAGACAACCCCAACUACAACACGUACUCCACCUCCUCCUAUGGGAACUAUUACAACGACCCCUACAAUAUGCGCUUGCCGUAUCUCAGAUUUUUCAACGGCACAUAUGACUUCAAAUACCCAAUGUCGGAGUUAGCCCAGUUGGUGCCCACAUUAGACGGUGUCGAGGUCAUCAUCACAGCUUCAGUGGGGGAUCCCUUCCUCGAUGACGUCAUAGAAGGCUAUAGUAUCGCCAGGAUAUUUAACUCUUCCUUAGCAGUUACUUUCCUAGGAGGUUCCCUGCAAGUGUUCAAACCUGCUAUGCCUUUUGAUGUUUAUAUGGUGGUGUCGUACCACGACGGGUCUCCGCUGCCGCAGUGGCAGGCGGCGGGCGUGUCGCUGCUGGUGAACGUGCAGGUGGAGGGACGCGGCGGCGGUAUAGAACCGCAGCGGCCCACGCUCGCGCCCGGACACGACGCCGUAUGGCAUCUGCGCCUGGAUCUAUACAAACUACUCAAGCUCGAAAACGACCCAAACUACCGGGAGGUACUAGCUGGUAUAACCGGCGUGCGGCUCAGCGCGCAGCUCGGGGACGCAGUGGGCGGACGCGCGGCAGCUGAGGUGCACUUCGUGCCUCACUACAGCCCCAACAACCACCAUCUGAGAGUCUCUACCAGUACCACUGAUGCUAGAGUGGGCGAGUACAUAAUAUUCCACGUGCAGAGCAACUUCUUCAUGGAGUCGUUCAGUUAUGUCGUCAUGUCCAAAGGCAUUAUUCUGACAAGUGGACAAGAAAUUAUGCAGGAAGGUGUGCGUACGUUCGCAGUGGUGCUGUCGGCGGAGAUGGCGCCGGUGGCCACACUGCUGGUGUGGGCUGCGCAGCGUCGCGGCCAUCUGCUGGCUGACUCGCUCACCUUUCCUGUCAACGGCAUCUCCAGGAAUAACUUCACGGUGUUCAUCAAUAACCGCAAGCACCGUACGGGCGAACGCGUGGAGGUGGCGAUCUACGGCGAGCCCGGCGCGUACGUCGGCCUCUCCGGCAUUGACGACGCCUUCUACACAAUGCAGGCUGGCAACGAGCUCACAUACGCUAAGGUGAUAUCAAAGAUGUCUCAUUUUGACGAGUCGAGCAAUGGCACGUUUGCAUACACGUUCCGCUCGCACUUCGGCGACCCAGACCACCUCGUGUACUUCCCCUCCUCCAGCUUCGGCAUUGACGCCAACAGGACCUUCGAAUAUGCAGGUCUGGUGGUGUUCAGUGACGUGCCGGUGACGCGGCGGCACAGCGUGUGCAAUGCCUCGCUGGGUCUGGCAGAGUGCUUGGACGGCGGCUGCUAUCCGCGAGAGAAGCACUGCGAUGGCAUGCCCGACUGCGCCGACCGCACCGACGAGGCCAGCUGCGAGCACGACGAUAGCUUCUCGCUGAGCCACUUCCGCAAGUUCCGGUUCAACCGCGUGCAGCGUCAGUACGAGAACGCGUGGCUGUGGCGUGACGUGAACAUCGGCCCGCACGGCCGCUACGUGUUCACCGCGGACGUGCCGCGCACACCCGCACGAUGGACCAUCUCCGCCUUCAGUAUGUCUGACGUGCUAGGAUUUGGCGUACUCAAUACGCCUGUCAGGUACGACGGUGUGCUGCCGUUCUUCAUCCAAGUAGAGGGCCCCGACCGGUGUAAGCAGGGCGAACAGCUUGGUCUGCGCGUUGUUGUUUUUAACUACCAGCCGCAAGCCAUUGAGGCGGUUGUCGUACUAGAAGCCUCGCCCGACUACAAGUUCGUACACGUCGAGGAAAAUGGCAUUGUGCGUUCAUACAACCCGCGCACCUCGUUCGGCGAGCACCAGUUCUUCGUGUAUGUGAGCGCGGGCGAUGCUGCCACUGUACACGUGCCCGUGGUGGCCGCGCGCCUCGGCCGCGUGCGUGUGAAUCUACACGCCGCCACGCUGCAGGGCCAGCACCACUACACCAAGGAGAUACUUGUUGAGGCGGACGGCAUACCCCAGUAUCGUCACCAAUCGGUGUUGCUCGACUUGUCUAACCGUGCCUACGUGUUCCAAUACAUGCACGUCAACGUGACGGAGACACCCAUCAUACCGUACGAGGUGGACCGCUACUACGUGUUCGGAUCGAAUAUCGCGCGAGUUACUGUCGUAGGGGAUGUUGUUGGUCCUCUCUUCCCGACCAUGCCUGUUAAUGCUACCAGUUUACUUGAUUUACCAAUGGACUCCGGCGAACAGAACAUGUUCAGUUUCGCGGCGAACAUGUACCUGACGCUGUACAUGCGAUUGACCAACCAGCGCAACCGCACGCUGGAGCGCGACGCAUUCGCCCACAUGAACGUCCUCUACCAGCGACAGCUCUCCUUCAUGAAGCCUGAUGGCUCCUUCAGUUUGUUCCGCAGCGACUGGAAUCAAUCCGCUUCGAGUGUGUGGCUGACAUCAUUCUGCGCUAAGAUAUUCCAAGAGGCGUCAUUCAAUGAAUGGGAAAACUAUAUCUACAUUGACCCUGAUGUGAUAUCAAUGGCGGUAUCUUGGCUGCUGGAGCACCAGACUCCCGAAGGUGCAUUCUACGAGGUGACGUGGUCUCCGGACCGCAACGCCAACGCCACUAUCGCAGUGCCCGCCAACUCUGGACUCUUCCGAGGAGCCGCCAACAUCGGCGUCGAGGUGAACGAUUCAAUAAUACUGCAGCGGAAUGUGACUCUCACAGCACAAGUCGUUAUCACACUGGAAACUGUGAAGAACUUAAAGGAUAUCGGAUUUAAAGAGGCUCUGAGCGCGCGCGUGGCACAAGCUCAACGCAACGGCAUCACUUGGCUGGAGAAGAAUCUCAAGCUGCUGGAGGAGUACGGGUCGCCGUACGCACUCGCGCUCGUCGCCUACGCGCUCACAGUCAGCAAGGCGCCCAGCUCCGAGCACGCCUAUAGACUGCUUAAACGACGCCAACGCUCAGAAGGUGGUCUAGUGUACUGGGGUAAAGAGCCGGUGCCGCAGCCGCCUUUCAAGAUGGAGAACCAGAAACCGUUCCUGUUGCCGCGAUUACCGUACAAAUAUGACUCCAACAACAUCGCCGCCACCGCGUACGCGCUGCUCGCCUGCAUGGACCACCAGGACAACAACGAGCCUAUUGUCAUGUGGCUCAACGCGCAGCGCCUCAAGGACGGCGGCUGGGCAUCCACUCAGGAUACGUACAUAGCGCUGCGCGCGCUGAUCGAGUACACGAACCGCAAGCGGCUGCGUGACGUGAGCGCGCUCAGUGUGUCCGUGGAGGCGGUGGCGCUGCGUGGCGCCGCGCGCACACUCACACUCUCCAACGACCACCUCGCACACAUGCACACCAUACAGAUCCCGGAGGCGUGGGGCACGGUGAAGGUGACAGCGCGUGGCGCGGGGUACGCGCUGCUGCAGCUCUCGGUGCAGUACAACGUGGACGUGGCGCGCUUCCAGACUCCGCCGCCCGCGCCCGCAUUCUCGCUGCUCACGCAGGCGCGCUUCUAUGGACGGAAUCAGUCGCAUGUCGACUAUCGCACCUGCGCCAGCUGGACGCUGCUAGAGGAGUCGCCACGUUCAGGAAUGGCGGUGCUGGAGGUGGGCAUCCCCACGGGCUACCUGGUGCAGCAGCAGCGCCUCGAUGCCUACGUACUGUCGCGUCGUGUUCAAACGCUUCAGAGAGCCAAGUACCAACCUGACAAAAUACUCUUCUACUUUGACUAUUUGGACCACGAGCAGACUUGUGUGAAUGUGACGGUGGAGCGCUGGUUCCCCGUGGCCAACAUGUCGCGACAUCUGCCUAUACGCGUCUAUGACUUCUACGCACCCGAACGAUUUAACGAGACAAUAUUCGAUGCGCUACCAACUUACCUGCUGAAUAUCUGCGAGGUCUGCGGCUCCUCGCAGUGUCCAUACUGCUCCGUGUACAACGCCGCCGUGCGCCCCGCAGCUAUAGGCGUCCUGCUCACACUCGCCGCCCUCCUCGCAAGCCAUGGAUAUCGCGCUCUCGCUCACACAUAACACUGCUACCAACAUCAUGUAAGUUUAUGACAAUAACUCUGGUAGUAUAUACAGUACUGGAAAUGUAAAUGAAUCUCAAAUUAUAAAACUAAAUAAAAAUUAAAAUGUAUCGUUGAAUUGAUAUAGGAUAAGGAAAGCAAAGCCACAAAUCUUUUUAUUGAGUAUACGAAUAAUGUUUCGACAGGUAUAUUUUUCUCUAUCACACUAGUAGAUGUUGCGUAUUGCUGUCUCACUCACUCUAUAACUUAUGCUGCGUUCACUUUUAUCUUAAGAUUUGUGGCUCAUACUACGUGUAUUUCGUCAUUGCAAUUUUAAUAUAUAAACUGCUUUUAUUUACAUAUCAAUUCUUAUAUAUUAUACAAAUACUUCACUUAAGUGUCAAUUAUAUGUUUUGUAUUGUUUUUACAAUAAUUGUGUCAAUUAUAUUGACUGGCAGCUGACAUUGAGCUUUAUAUAAAAAAA